AUGCUGUGGAGGCUGACGCUGCUGGCUCUGUGGGCGUCCACUGCACACGCUGGUGACCACGAUGACGACACUUCCUUCAACCUCUUCACUAUUAGCAACAUAAACCGCAAGACCAUCGGGGCCAAGCAGUUCCGUGGACCUGACCCCAACGUGCCCGCAUAUCGGUUCCUCCGCUUUGACUACAUCCCCCCGGUGAAUGCUGAGGACCUCAGGAAAGUGGCUGAGAUGAUGCGGCAGAAGGAGGGCUUCUUCCUGUUGGCCAGCUUGAAGCAGGACAGGAAGUCUCGGGGCACACUGCUGGCUCUGGAGGGCCCGGGCGAUGCUCAGCGGCAGUUUGAGAUCGUCUCCAACGGUCGGGCUGACACACUGGACCUCACCUACUGGAUGGAUGGGGCCCAGCAUGUCAUCUCCCUGGAGGAUGUGGGCCUGGCAGACUCUCAGUGGAAGAACAUCACGGUGCAGGUGAUGGGUGAGACCUACAGCUUGUACGUGGGCUGUGACCUGAUGGACAGCUUCACGCUGGACGAGCCCUUCUAUGAGCAGCUCAAGACGGAGAAGGCCAAGAUGUUUGUGGCCAAAGGCUCCUCCCGAGAGAGUCACUUCAGGGGCUUGCUUCAAAAUGUGUACCUACUUUUUGAAAAUUCAGUGGAAGAUGUAUUAAGCAAGAUUGGCUGUCAACAAGGCCGGGAAGCAGAGGUCAAUACCAUCAGUGAGAACACAGAAACUCUCCACCUGAGCCCACACAUCACCACCAAGUAUGUGGGCCAGAGCCCAGAAAAGAAGCCAGAAGUGUGUGAGCGUUCGUGUGAAGAGCUGGGCCACAUGAUCAAUGAGCUUUCCGGGCUGCAUGUGAUUGUGAACCAGCUGCAUGAGAACCUGAAGAAAGUGUCCAAUGACAACCAGUUCCUCUGGGAACUUGUUGGUGGCCCUCCCAAGACCAGGAACAUGACAGCGUGCUGGCAAGAUGGUCGAUUCUUUGCCGACAAUGAGACCUGGGUGGUGGACAGCUGCACCACCUGCACCUGCAAGAAAUUUAAGACCGUUUGCCAUCAGAUCACAUGCCCGCCAGUGACGUGCGCAAACCCCACCUUCGUGGAGGGCGGGUGCUGUCCUUCCUGCUCCCACUCCAAUGACAGUGACGAGGACUGGUCUCCUUGGGCAGAGUGGACUGAGUGUUCCGUCACCUGUGGUUCAGGGACCCAGCAGAGAGGACGGUCGUGUGACGUCACCAGCAACACCUGCCAGGGCCCCUCCAUCCAGACCAGGCUGUGUAGCCUGGGCAAGUGUGACAACCGCAUCCGGCAGGAUGGCGGCUGGAGCCACUGGUCCCCCUGGUCGUCCUGCUCCAGCACCUGUGGGGUCGGCAACAUCACCCGCAUUCGCCUCUGCAACUCCCCAGUCCCUCAGAUGGGCGGCCGGAGCUGCAAGGGGAGUGGCCGUGAGACCAAGGUCUGCCAGGGCCAGCCCUGUCCCAUUGAUGGCCGGUGGAGCCCCUGGUCACCGUGGUCGGCCUGCACGGUCACGUGUGCUGGCGGGAUCCGGGAACGCACGCGAGUCUGCAACAGCCCAGAGCCCCAGCACGGGGGGCAGCCCUGCGCCGGCCGUGCCCAGGAGCAGCAUAUGUGCAACCGGAGGAGCUGCCCUGUCGAUGGGUGUCUGUCCAACCCCUGCUUCCCUGGGGCUGCCUGCAACAGCUUCCCUGAUGGUUCCUGGUCCUGUGGGUCUUGUCCGACUGGCUUCCUGGGCAACGGUACCCACUGUGAGGACUUGGAUGAGUGUGCUGUGGUCACCGAUGUCUGCUUCACGGCCAACAAGGUCCACCGCUGUGUCAACACCAACCCUGGUUUCCACUGCCUGCCCUGCCCCCCACGCUAUAAGGGGAGCCAGCCUUUUGGGGCCGGCCUGGAGGUGGCUAGGACCGAGAAGCAGGUGUGUGAACCUGAGAACCCCUGCAAAGACCAGACCCACCGUUGCCAUAGCAAUGCCGAGUGCAUCUACCUGGGUCACUUCAGUGACCCCAUGUACAAAUGCGAGUGUCAGACGGGAUAUGCUGGGGAUGGCCUCAUCUGCGGGGAGGACUCAGACCUGGACGGCUGGCCCAACAAGAACUUGGUCUGUGCCACCAACGCCACCUACCACUGCAUCAAGGAUAACUGCCCCCUUCUGCCUAACUCUGGGCAAGAAGAUUUUGACAAGGACGGGAUCGGGGAUGCUUGCGAUGAGGAUGAUGACAACGAUGGUGUGAGUGAUGAGAAGGACAAUUGCCAGCUUCUAUUCAACCCCCGCCAGUUUGACUAUGACAAAGAUGAGGUUGGGGACCGCUGUGACAACUGUCCAUACGUGCACAAUCCAGCACAGAUUGACACAGACAACAAUGGCGAAGGGGAUGCCUGCUCCGUGGACAUUGAUGGAGAUGAUGUCUUUAAUGAGCGAGACAAUUGUCCCUACGUGUACAACACUGACCAACGAGACACUGAUGGUGACGGUGUGGGGGAUCACUGUGACAACUGCCCCCUCAUGCACAAUCCUGACCAGACUGACGUGGACAAUGAUCUUGUUGGGGACCAGUGUGACAACAAUGAAGACAUCGAUGAGGAUGGCCACCAGAACAACCAGGACAACUGCCCCUACAUCUCCAACGCCAACCAAGCCGACCACGACAGCGAUGGCAAGGGUGACGCAUGUGACCCUGAUGAUGACAACGAUGGGGUCCCUGAUGACAGGGACAACUGCCGGCUCGUCUACAACCCAGGCCAGGAGGACUCGGAUGGUGAUGGACGAGGUGAUGCAUGUAAAGAUGACUUUGACAAUGACAAUGUCCCAGACAUUGAUGAUGUGUGUCCAGAAAACAACGCCAUCAGUGAGACUGACUUCAGGAACUUCCAGAUGGUCCACUUAGACCCGAAGGGCACCACGCAGAUAGACCCCACCUGGGUGAUCCGUCACCAGGGCAAGGAGCUGGUUCAAACGGCCAACUCAGACCCUGGCAUUGCUGUAGGUUUUGAUGAAUUUGGGUCUGUGGACUUCAGCGGCACCUUUUAUGUCAACACCGACCGGGACGAUGAUUAUGCCGGCUUCGUCUUUGGCUAUCAGUCCAGCAGCAGGUUCUACGUGGUGAUGUGGAAGCAGGUGACCCAGACCUACUGGGAAGACAAGCCCACACGGGCGUACGGCUACUCGGGGGUGUCCCUCAAAGUGGUCAACUCCACGACGGGCACGGGCGAGCAUCUGCGGAAUGCACUGUGGCACACGGGGAACACAGAAGGACAGGUGCGGACCUUGUGGCAUGACCCUAAAAACAUUGGCUGGAAAGACUACACAGCCUACAGGUGGCACCUGACUCACAGACCCAGGACGGGCUACAUUAGAGUGUUAGUGCAUGAAGGAAAGCAGGUCAUGGCUGACUCAGGGCCCGUCUAUGACCACACCUAUGCUGGUGGGCGCCUGGGCCUGUUUGUCUUCUCCCAAGAGAUGGUCUAUUUCUCGGAUCUCAGAUACGAAUGCAGAGAUGUUUAA